UCGACAGCGCUUCAAACGCUGCUAUUUAUCAAACUAUGGCUAUGGAUGAGACUGUUGUAAAUAUAAUAGGAUUGCCUUUAACUUGUAAUCCUGUCAAAAUUAAAGUUCGAUUUCAGAGCGAGUGUGAUGUUUCGAUUGAUAGCGUGAAAGUGGAUCACUCCAAAUCAGAAAUAAUACUGAACAGCAAAGAAGAUGCAGAAAAAUUUCGCAAAAAUCUUCCAAAAAGCAUCAAGUUUGGGGAUACAGUCCACAAUCUUGCACUAUAUGAAGAUGAGACAGCUAGUGAUUCAGUUGACAGUUCUACAACAACAGAGCAAGAACUGUCACCAACUCCAGUAGCACAGAAAGAAGAUGAAAAUUUAACGAUCCAAAAUGUACAAUACUGGGAUACGAUGGUGCCGUUACCAUUAUGCAAAUAUGGAUUGUUGGUACAGUUAAAAGACGAGACUAUUACCACAAAGAAUGUGCAUGAUUAUUUCAGCAGCAACCAACUUUCUUGUGGCGGACCCAUAAGAAGAAUGCAAUGCAUGAUUGAUGGAAUACUGAUACUGUUUCAAGAUGCCAAAACUGCUGAGAAAGUUUGGAAAUUCAGACCUCACCGGAUCGCUAAUAGACCAAUCAAGAUAUUCUUGAAGACAAUACCCACAGUUUAUCAUGAUAAACUCCUUUAUAAACCACAGAAGCAAAAUAUGUCGGACCAAGAAAUUAAAACCUUAUUGGUUGGAAUUUCUCCGAAACAAACUUCGCCAACGACCGUCAAAAGAUACGACAGCAACAAUAUUCUUAUUUCCUAUGAAGCGGAUGUAGGACUUGAACUCAAGACAAUCAUGUUAGAAUUCAAAAAACGUCUCAAUGAAAACAUUUCUCAAUUGCCCAAAACUGAUUGCCUAAGAGUAAAAGGUUUUCCAUCUGAUAUUUCUGAUGAAGAAAUAAUUAUUUUAUUCGAAAACAAACAAAGAACUGGAGGGGGACCAGUAACGAAAAUUCAACAUUUAGACAACGAUGUCAGACUUGUAUACUUUGCAUCUUAUGAAGAUGCGACAGAUGUCAUCAAUAAAUUUAGAGGAAAAACAUUACCAGUCUUCAACACUUCUUUGAAGAUAAGUAAAUACUUCCACUUCAUGUUUGACAAGAAUAAUAAUGACAUUGCUGAAGACAGUGGUAAUACCAGCGAUUAUAGCAGUACAUCUACACUUUCGGAAGGCAAAUUCAGAUGGCUUGUUGAUUGUAAAAUGGCAGAACAAAUAAAAAAUCAGUACAAAGUUAAAAUUGUGUUCAAUGAACGAGAUAAAACUAUCACAUAUAUUGGGGACAAAGAUGAGGUUACAAAAGGGCAGAAAGCUGUUACAAAAAUGCUGAAGAAUGUGACUAGAAAAGUGUUUGACUCAACUGAAAAAGAUUUUGUUCAUUUUCUACUCUAUGCAAAAUCAAAUCUUGUUAUAUCUAGGAAUGCUUUGGAUCAUUUGCGAAACAAGGGAAUUAAUGCUAUUGUGGCAGUUGAUAACAACAUUCCAUUUAUUUGGGGAUACAAGACUGAUUGUGAAUCUGCACUAUAUGAAUUGAAUAAAAGUAUUUUGUCCGUUUGCGAAGUUCCAGUUUCACCAAAUGUUCAGGACACUGUGUUAUGGGAAUCCAUUAAAAAUUUGGAGUCAAAUGGCUUGAUUAAAGUCUAUAGACAGAGUGCUCACAUAAAAAUUGUUGGAUUUCGAGAGUCUGUAGUUAUUGCUCGACAGCUGUUAACUGCAUGUCUUAUUGAUGAUGAUGAUGGGGAGGAACUUUUAAAAUUGAAUUAUGAUGAAGGAGUCAUAAUAUAUAUUCUUGAACACACAAAUUUCAAGAAAUUGUGUAGUGAAAGUUUUGUAAAAAUUGUGAAGACUGAUAAUCAAAGUAUAACACUAAAAGGCACGAAACAAUCUUUACAGAAAGUUGAAAAUUCAGUGAAAGAUAUGACAACUAGAGUUGUCCACACAAACCAUAUUGUUGAAAAAUUCGGGCUGCUUGACUUCAUGCGAAGUUCCGAAGGAAAAACGAUAUUGAAACAAACAAGUAGUAUGUACAAAGUUGUAAUACUUUGCAAUAAAUCUCUCAAAUCUUCACAAUUUAUGGAUACUUCAACUCAUGUUGCAUCUUCAUCUUUGCAAAACAAGCCAAGUGUGAAAAUUGGUGGUAUUGUAAUAACUGUCAAGCAAGGAGAUAUAACAGAUGAAGACAGUGAUGUUAUUUUGAAUUCAGCUGGUGUCAGUUUUUCAUCUCCAAGUAUAAUGACAAAAGCUAUCUUGGAUAAAGGAGGUAGCAGUAUACAACAUGAAUUGAAUUCACUAGACAAUAAAUACUUUCGAGUAACAAGCAGUGGCAAACUUGAAUGUAGAAAAAUAUUUCACUGCACUUCACCAUUGAUUACAAAAGACAUUUCUACAUGUUUAUGGAAUGCUCUUAAGGAAACUGAGAAACGGUAUUAUAAAUCAAUUUCCAUUCCUGCAAUAGGAACAGGUAUCAGUGGUAUAUCAGUAAGUGAGGUUUCCCGAAUUAUGAUGGAAAUAUUUCACACUUUUGCUAAUGAUUCCAAAACACAAUACGUAAAGUCCAUCAAUGUGGUCGUUCUUGAUCCGUCUCAUAUGCAUUGUUUUAAAACUGCACUCAAAGAAAUUGAAAUGAAAGGAGCAACAGCCCUUGGUGCAACAGGUGCUUCCAAUGCAGUUCAAACUACCUACAGAUUUCCUGUUAUGAUUGGUCCUUUGGCAGUCUCUGUUCGUCAGGGUGAUAUUACCGAAGAGAAAAAUGAUGCAAUUGUAAAUAGCACUGGAGAAAACUUUGACCUUUCUAAAGGUCUUGUCUCAAAUGCGAUAAUUGAGAAAGGAGGAUGGAAAAUUCAACAAGAGGUCUACAAAAAAUAUAAUUUUAACAUCCGAGUCUCAUCUGGUGGAAGACUUCCUUGUAAUAAGAUUAUUCAUGUGUUUACUCCAUUGAGAACUGAACUUUUUAUUAAUCGGCUUGUAAAGGUUUUGGAAAUGGCAGAAACGGAGUGUUGCAAAUCAAUUUCACUUCCAGCGAUUGGCACAGGGAACCUUAAAUUUUCUGUUGAAAACGUUGCAAACACUAUGGUGAAAGCAUUUGAUACAUUUUCACAAAAGCAUCCAGUGACAAAUUAUCUCAAAGUUGUUGAUAUAGUCAUAUUUGACAGAACUCAGCUUCAAUAUUUUAUUGGAGCAGUUACUCGAUACAAUACAGAAAAGAAAGGGGAAAAAUCAAAUAAAAGCUGGGUUCAAAAUCUUCCUGGUAUGUCAUAUGUGAGUGAGACAGUUUCAAUAAUAAGUAAAGCCUUUUCAUCUGAUGAGCCAAUGCAACGAAGUGAAGAUAGCAAAGAUACUAAAAAGUAUCUCGCAGAACUUCAUAUAUACUCUUUGAGCAAGGAUAUCAAUGAAACGGCACUACAGAUUGUUUUGCAAAAAUUCGAUGAAGCAUAUAACUAUAACAAAUUUCCACCCCCAGAUUUCAAGCAACAGAUAAAUUCAAAUGGAUCUGGAAAAAAAACAAAAGUUGAAGGAUUGAAGUCGGAUGUUUCCAAUGCUGGCAAGUCUAUGCAACAGAAUCGUAUAUUAUUUGUUUGGCAAUGGAUGAAUAAAAAGGGUAAAUGGGUGUCAUUCGAAUCAGAAAUAUCGGACAAACUCGAAGACGUUUACAGAAUCAAUCCUGCAUACCAUGGUGAAGUAACAAUUAAUGGUGUGAAACAUAUGAUCGAUAUUGGGUCAAGGACAUUUGGAGAUUUACAGAUUAAAAGAAAUAUCUGGAAUGGACCGUUGCAACAAAGUCAAACAACGGAGUCAUCCCAUAAAAGUACUAGCAGUACUCAUGUUGACAAGAAAAAAGCUUUCUCACACAAAAAAGAUAAAUAAUUUGUGAUAUUGGCAGAAUCAUGAGCAAUUCCUGUUUUUAAAUUAUGUCGAAUACAAAGCAUGGUGAUUUCUUUAUGCUUUAACUAACCUUAGCGUAAAUUCGAAACGAAAGAGAAAAUACUGUGAUUUUUGGUGACGAGGCUAUGUCUUUUACUUAGAUAGGGUAUGCUGCACUGUUGUAUCUAUUCUAAUUGGUAUUUCACUUCAAAUACAAUGUAAUUUUUAUAUAUUCCCUAAAGAGAAAGAAAUGCACUUGUUAUGUUAGCUAUGAGUCUAAACGCUGUAUAAUUCAAUUUUAUGUACAAAAAUAAAAGCAACCGACUAUAUUAUGCUUAUGUUUAAGGUUUGCAAUGCCACUUGGUAGGACGUUUAGAUGAGAUGUAGCCUGAUAAGAUGGUUUCGCCAUUAGGGUUAUGUUGCAUUAUUUGUGGAUUUCUUAGUUAUUGGCAAAUAGGACUGGCAUCUGAAUUUCCACUUCUUUGUAUUUACGAUUCUUUGCACUUUUAAUUCUUUCUGUUCCUGUUUAAAACUUCAAUAAACCAUAUAUAAAUAUACCAAG